AGAGGCAAGAGAUAGUUGUAGAUAAUAGCCGGCGACUGCUGAAUUCUGUAUAGGUACUCCCAGCAACAACAAGCAGACUUUCAACUGAGACAUCCUCUCAAAAUUCGAGACUAUUCUUGCCGUACGAGGCAUAUAUAGACCGUCUGCAUGUUAUAACGCAGCCCCUUUUUAAACGAACGACAAAAAUGGCCGACUGCCGAGAGCCGGCUUCUUCUUCGACACUUUUCACGAACAUCUGUGUGUGUCCGAUGCUUUCUCGCAAUUGACAUUCUCACGACUCGCGUGUGUGGAAAAUUUCCCGUCAAAAUUAUCGCGCUGCAGCAUCCAUCUCGUCGUUUCCCAUAGGAAAGGGGAGCUUGCAAAGCGAAAUACGUUGGAUUAUCGCGAGCUCCGUUUUUAUCGAGGUAAUGGAAGAUCUGAGACAACAAGUUGGAUCCAACAUGAUGGAUGGUGGGAUUGAUGAGUUGCGGCAAGGAGUGGGAAAUAUGAUGGUUGGCGGUGUGGUUCCAGUUCCAAAUCAUGCCAAUAAUGUUCAUCGCCGCAGUAAAACAAGAGUUACAAUGCAUGCUCUUAUGUCUGAAGCUCUGCCUCUUGAUGAGGCAGCACGACUGGAAAUGAAAGCUUUACCAAAUAAGACACCGGUGUCCGUUCUUCAAGAAUUGUUAUCUCGUAGAGGUACUACUCCAAAGUAUGAGCUUGUGCAAAUUGAAGGUGCUAUCCAUGAGCCAACAUUUCGAUAUCGUGUCACUGUUGCUGAUGUUGUUGCUAUGGGUACUGGUAGGUCCAAAAAAGAAGCAAAGCACGCUGCUGCUAAAGCUGUGCUUGACAAGCUUAUUGGAGUAAAUACUGAAAAUGCUGAAGCUCCAAUACCAAACAGUAUUCCCGAUGAAAAUUUUCCUUUAAGCUCUCAAAAUAUACAAGAAAUUCAAAGUGGCUAUGGGGAAGAGAAGGUUGUGAACAAUCCAAUUGGGUCACUACAAGAAAUGUGCAUGUCUCGUCACUGGCCACCACCAAAGUACUCGAUGGAGGGUGAAGAAGGCUUGCCUCAUGAGAGACAGUUCACUAUUGUUUGCUCUAUUCUGAAAUACCGUCAAGUUGGACAAGGAAAAAGCAAAAAAUUAGCCAAACGGCAAGCUGCUCAUAAGAUGUGGCAGUCUCUUCAAGAUACAAACUCUAAUCGUACACAGGGUGUGGAUGAAGAUGAGAUUGUGCAGAGAAAUGCUAACGUGAAUGCCCAUUAUGCUGAUCUAAAAGAUAGUAAAAUUGCAACAUUGACUACACCACAUAGUCACAAAGUUUCACAAUUCCACAAGAAUUUGAAGUCUUCCACAGGUGUAAAACUAUUUGAGCUUCAGACUCAUUUGUUUCAGAACACUUGUCUGAAUGAUGGAGACGUGAAUUUGGUACAGUUCCUGCAAGAAAUUGCAUCAGAGCAGCAGUUCGAAGUUACUUAUGUAGACAUUGAAGAAAAAAGUAUUUCUGGAAAAUGCCAGUGUCUUGUUCAACUGUCUACGCUCCCAGUGGCGGUAUGCUAUGGUUCAGGCAUGACAAGCAAAGAUGCUCAAGCUGCAGCAGCUCAAAACGCUCUGGAAUACUUGAAAAUUAUGACCAAGAAGUGAGCCAGCGCUUUGCUUCUGCCAAUCGCUGCCAUUAGUUGCAAAUCUAACAACAUCCUGUCAAAAGCUAAUGGCUGUAGAUCUAACGGUAAAUUCUUUGGUAGCGACGAUGAAAUACCAAAUUUAAAAAUCAGUAAAAUUGAUCGUAAGUUAGAAACGGAAACCAGUAAGGGAAAUCGCAUAUCUAAGGCACCCGUGCGUACGCUCAACACUAUCGGCAAAAAAAUCAGCAACAGUACCAGUGAAAAUAACAAAAUCAUCGAUAGAGCCAAGUCAAGUGUUGAAAGAUUUGAUACUGUCAUAAGUACUAACUGUUCUAUCAAUACUCCAUCUGGAAUUCAGCUGACUAAUUCAAAAGAUUAUUGCGCAAAGAAAUAUGUUAAUGACCUGGGCUCCAAAUUUAAGAAUUACCAGUCGGAAUGUCAUAAGGAUAUUUCUAUUAAUCAGCAAGGUAGCAAAGCAAGGUCAAUUGAUAAUCUGACAACUCGGUAUUCGAAUCAUGUAACGCCGUCGGGAUUUCAUCGAGAAAACAAUCAAGUGACCAGUACGCAAUGUUCUCGCGAUGACAAUAACAGUAGCAGCAUUUACACCGUUGGACGAAAAACUUUAGAUCAUCAGAGUAAUCAAGCAAAGAUAACGCCUGUAAAUUUUCCUCCACUUCGCGCUCCUCAAAGUAUUGUUAAUGUUCGACAUCCUUUUCUGACCGAAGCUAGGACGAAGCACAACGAAAUUAUUCCUAGUAAUGGUUUGAAAUCUAAAUCUACUCUUAAUACGAUAUUGCAAUCGAGCGCAAAGGAUUUAGAAUCUGGAAGACAGGCGUAUCAUAAUUUUGGCACUUCCACACUCAACAUGACGACGAACAUGUCGCCUUAUCCGAGAGCGGAUCCCUUUCCACAACCUACCUUGGCAUCCGUAUUGUUUCCAGACACCGGGCAGUUUUCUCAAUCUGCUUCCUCCUACUCAACCAACCAGUUUCAAACUUACGAUCCUGCGAGCUAUCACACGAGUACUCCGGUUAUACCACAAUUUUCCGAAAACUCACUUUCCUUUCCUCAAUACGAUAGUACUACUUUUGUUCAACCUAGCCACUAUCCAGCGGCUGAUAUAACUAGUAGUCAAUUUCAAUACCAAACUCCCGGUGUAGGACAAAUACAGGACUCGACUAUGUUUAUUCAGGGUCUUCAAAAUUCAAUCACAAUGACAGAUCAGUACACUGCUCCAAAUUAUGCUAGGGCGGUAAGAACGGAACUGAUGCAUAGAUUGCGUCGACCACCGAGAUUUACCAAGUAAUGAAACUGAAUUCAUGUUUUAUGCUGACCAAAGCACCUCCUUACAAAUUUAUUUUUCGGACGUGGAAUAUUUUAUCGAAAACUAAUUAAAUUGUAGUAUAUAUUUCUUUUAUGUUGCAAGUAUACGUGAUUUUUCUGCAAUCGAAAUUUGAGAAAUUUUCACUUUUUUAUCAUAGAGCUAAAGUUAAACUAUUCGUGAAAGUGAAACGUACCGAUUUUUGGUUUUCAAUGAAAUAUUUCAUCAUGGAUGAAAGUAUAGAAUUUGGUGAAAAUUAUUUCAAUCGCAGAUCCAUGUUGAAAUAAAUUUCACCUAGCACUCAACGUUUUUGAGUAAGAAAAUAUGAUUUAUUUACUUUGUUGUGAUUUAUACUAUUAUAUACAAUCAUCUCGUGAACAGCGAUGGCCGAGCCGCGGCAGGUCAGUUAGUUAAUAUAAAGCUGGGUGUUUUGAUGGUAUAUUUUUUUUAUGCUUUAGUCAUUUAGAGAAAAAAAAUGAAGAAAAGCGUUUAAUUGUAAAUACGUUAUAAUACCAAGGAAAAGUCGGUAUGCGACAGAUGCGAAAUCUUUAAAAAUGACAAAAUGAAAUUUUGAUGAACUGAUGUGAAUGAUACUGACCACGUAUGAUUGAUUCUUAUGUGUUACAUACAAUUUUUUCAUGAUAAAUUGUUUUUUUUUCAUACAGUAGAAUGGUUGAUGGAUAUAACACACGAAAAACGUUUUCAAGGUGAUACAUAAUCUACAAGCUAUACUUUGCAUAGAAUUAGUGGAGGUUUUCCAAUAAUUGCAUAAUACUUAGCUUAAAGUGAUGUAUUUUUAGUGUGCUUGAAAGAGAAACGCAAAAAAAAAGAAAGAAAAAAAACACAAAACGGAAGAGCGAAUGUAUUCUUAUACAUAUUUUGCUUUUCAACAUUCUCAAUCCGUUUCUCGUUUGGAAUUAAUUUUAAUGUCGCUUUUUCCAAUAAAAAUACAUACAUAGAAGGGUGUGUAAAGUGAUUAAAGAAAAUCAAUGAAAACUAAAAAAAAAUGAAAAACGAACCGUGAAAAAUCGACAUUGCUACAAACUCGUAGUUGCGAGAAAAAACUUGGCUGCUGAAGCACUGUCUUCAGUCCUUAAAAUUUCAGGUGUACUUAUAAUAUGUGAUUUUUAGGAUUGAAGUAUAACGCGAAAUUUCUACAGCUCUAUGACGCCCAUACUAAUAGCGUAAAGAAAUAUUGGAUAAAGUCUUAAUAACAUUUUUAGUACUACGUAGUAGCAAGGCCUUUUAUAUGCAAAAAAUAUUUUGCAUAUAAAUCGAGAUAAAAGAGAUGAUUUACUAAGACUUUGUUCAGUAGCUUUUUAGAAUAUAGAAAAAUGAAAAAAUACUACACUAAAAGUCCGAUUAAUCUUUUUUCUAAUAAGUAAUACUGUGAUGAUGUAAAAUGUACACGUUAUACUGGAUCUGCCCAGUUAUACAAAAGCAUACAAAUGAUAUAUUAUUAACCGAUGAGAUCUCGCAACGGCGAUGGUGAAGAUGAAAAGAUGACGACGAUAAUAAUAUUAAUAAUUAAUCUUACGAUGGUGUAUGUUUUUUCUUUAGUACGGUAGCGCAUAAAGUCAUAAGCAUCAUAAAUAAUGUACUCGUAAGAUUAAUCCUCAUAAAGAUUUUCUCAUUAAGUACGCAUUGUAUAGCCAAGUGUAAUAAGCUAUUCGCGUGUAUUAGGAUUUCUUUCGAGCACGAAUCACGAGUAUUCUGUUCUUGGACAGAACGAUAUUAUAAAUGAAUAAUCGGAAAUGAAAAAAAUUCUCGAUUAAUGUAUACAAAAGGGAAACGGAGUUAAAUGAUUCAGCUUUGUUAAAGCGAUCGAAAUGGAACUUACAAAAGAAGCAAAACGGACAAGUUUUUUUUUAUCCAACCAUUCACUAACUAUUCGAUGCUAUUCCUGAUUAUUGCCGAUCCAUAUUUGUGUGGUUUUCAAUGGUGUCAUAUCUGGGAAUACAUCGAAAAGCAACGUAGUAUAUGGCGAAUAAAGAUAAUGAAGCGACACGAACAUGUGUCGAUUGUGAAUGGAGAAAGAAAGAUAAGAGACGCAUGCACGCGUUUGGAAAAUAAGCAUUAUUUACAUGCAAAGUAUAGUAUGAGAGACACAAAUUUAACGUAAAUAUAGUUCAAAGUGAAGAAUAAUUUCUCCCUGCAAGAAAUGAAAAAAAAAUAAAAAUAUUCAUAAUUUCUUAAAAUUUAACAAAAAAUGUUUCGUUUGAUAUUUCAUGUGGUUGGGAAAGUAAUAUUUCUUGUCGGGAGAAAAUUUUUCGAUGAGUUAAAUGAGCAUGAUAAUGAUUAUAUAUGCGAAAACUCAAGAAGAGACUAAUAAUAUGCAGUUGGAGAACGAAGGAAAUUGAUCGAUUAUACAUACUCGAAAGAGAGAAAGAUAGACGAAACGUAUUCGUGUUACUGGCGAUCUUCAGCGAAGAUCGCAGAGAGCGUUUUAUAUUUUUUAAUGAAUAAAGAGAGAAAGAGAGCGAUGAUAAAAUGAGAGAAAGUAGAAGAGAAAACGCAAAAGAGCGAAAUAAUAACUACACUAUCGAAGGUGUAAUAAAAUAAUAAUUACAACCAAAAUUAUACGUAAAAGAAUAAUUUGAAAUAAUGCGCUAGAGGAGCAGAUACGACGGAAGCCGCGAGGGGGAAGCCAAGGAAAGGAGAGAAAAUAGACUUUCCUCCUCUGCAGCAGACGGCUCGAAUUUAUUUCUCAUAGUAUUAUCAGGAAUACUGCACUUUUUCUCCCUGUUUUAUUUUCUACAUUAUUAUAUAAUACUUUCUAAAUAAGAAAUAAAUAGCUGAUUGGUCCGAAUGUAUUUGUUAUUAUCUGGGAAAUAUACCAACUUGAAGCAAAAAUUACGUGUACAAAAACAGUUUAAUAGAUCCAAAUUAAAUUGCUCUUGUACUUGGUAAGUAGUCUUUGAUUUGAAUUGAAUAUUUUCCAAAGAUGACACUAAAGCAUUAGAAAAUUUAAUUUCCAUUUCAUUUCUACUUAUUGUCGAUGAAAACUUGACAGUUUCUUGAUAGUUGAUGUUUCCAUGAUACUUGUUCAAGAAAAAUUAAUACCACGACUUUUCUGUAUGCACAUUACAGAAGUGACCUUUUCAGAAUACACCACUGUGAAAUGCCAGAAAUGAUUCGAUGUAAACGUUAAUUACAUUAGGAUCUUAUGGAUUUCAUAUUAAAAUGAAUUAAUCGAAAAUUAAAAGAACGCAAUAAUUAAAGAUCUUAUUAUCUUUUUCUUUUCAUCGAAUAGAAUGUGCGCACGUUAGAGACGAGCGUUUCUAUUCUGGGUAUGUAACGAAUUAAAUUACGGUAUAUACUUGCCUUCAAAAUUAUAUAAAUACAUACAUUUUUCGUAUUAACCAAUUAUUGUUUUAUCAAAUUAAUGCUUCCUUUGGUGCGGUUUGAAUAACUCGUGUCAGUUUGUUGACUGCAUUUAUUAUGUUUGGUGUGCGAGAAUUUAGAUCUGUUUGAUGAUUCUCAUUCUAACGCGAAAAACGAUUUUAAUAAAAGGGAAUAUCCUCCUCUGUGCUUUGCGACAUUCGCAAAAGUUCCUUAGCAUCUCGCGCGCUCGUCUAGGCGACAGUAUGAUAUAUAAUAUAGACUUUGUAAUUUUUACACUUGAAAAGCGCGUAAAGCGCGUUUAUUUAUGAAUUUUCGUUUUUGUUAUUUUAUAUCUUUUUUUUUGUUUUUCAUCGAAUUUCUUCCGCCUCCCCCGUAUGAUCAAACGAUCCAGACGAGAAUUUCGGUAUGAGCGCGUGAUUUAUACGUGAGAGGAGAAGAAACAAAAAGUAAUAUAACACGGACAUGGCAUACAGAUUACGACAUACAAACAAACAUAAACAAAAGCAAAUGCCCUUUCUAUACACGUGUUGGGUACUAGAUACUUAUAAUCAAGGUUGUUCUAUGUAUGAUGUGCGUGUAACACUGUUAAUAAAAUACUGAUGCUUAUGAAA